AUGAUCGGCCAGAAGACGCUCUACUCCUUCUUCUCCCCGAACCCCGCCAGGAAGCGAAGUGCCUGCAGUCCCGAGCCGGCCGACUCGGGGACGGGCGUGGCGGCCGUAGCUCAGAGCGGGGAUGUGGCGGCCAGCCCCGCCAAGAAGCCCCGGGCCGGGCCGGAGGAGCCGGGCACGCCACCCUCGUCGCCGCUGAGCCCGGAGCAGUUGAUCCGCAUCCAGAGGAACAAGGCGGCCGCGCUGCUCAGACUCGCGGCGCGUAACGUGCCGGUGGGUUUUGGUGAGAGUUGGAAGAACCACCUCAGCGGGGAGUUCGGGAAGCCGUACUUCAUAAAGCUUAUGGGAUUUGUUGCAGAAGAAAGAAAACAUUACACUGUUUACCCUCCCCCUCACCAAGUCUUCACAUGGACCCAAAUGUGUGACAUAAGAGAUGUGAAGGUCGUCAUCUUGGGGCAGGACCCGUAUCACGGACCCAAUCAAGCUCAUGGGCUGUGCUUCAGUGUUCAGAGACCCGUGCCGCCCCCGCCCAGUUUGGAAAACAUUUAUAAAGAGCUGUCUACAGACAUAGAUGGUUUUGUUCACCCUGGUCAUGGAGAUUUAUCCGGAUGGGCCAAACAAGGUGUUCUCCUGCUCAAUGCUGUCCUCACGGUCCGGGCACAUCAGGCCAAUUCUCAUAGAGAGAGAGGUUGGGAGCAGUUCACCGACGCCGUCGUGUCGUGGCUCAAUCAGAACGCCCACGGCCUUGUCUUCUUGCUCUGGGGCUUUCACGCUCAGAAGAAGGGCAGUGCCAUUGAUAGGAAGCGGCACCACGUACUGCAGACCGCACACCCCUCGCCGUUGUCGGUGUACAGAGGCUUCUUCGGAUGCAGGCAUUUCUCUAAAACUAAUGAGCUGCUGCAAAAGUCCGGCAAAGAGCCCAUCAACUGGAAGGACCUGUGA